GUUGUGAAUGAAGAGCCACACUGAAAUCAACAGUUGGUAACACUACAGGAUCAGAAUGCUGGCCAUUAUACUUGUUGUAUUGGCCGCCUAUGCCUUCUAUCAGUAUUCAGUGUGGACCUUCGACUACUGGAAGAAAAGGAAAGUUCCCCAUCCUCCUCCAGUUCCGUUGUUUGGCAACAUAAAGGAAGUGGUCUUGAUGAAACAGUAUCCUGGCCACUGCCAUCAACAAAUAUACAAGAUGUACCCAAACGAAAAGUUCGUGGGGCUUUAUCAACUUAGAAUGCCCAGCCUGCUCAUCAGAGACCCAUCUUUGGUAAAGCAGUGCCUCAUCAAGGACUUUGACCACUUCUUCGACAGAGGUUUCCACACGGACGAAGAACGGGAGCCACUAACGGGACACCUCGUCAGCCUGACGGGCACCCGAUGGAAGCUCCUGAGGACCAAGCUUACCCCGGUCUUCAGCUCUGGCAAGAUCAAGCAGAUGUUCCCCCUACUUCUAGACUGCUCUGACCAACUUAGAGAUUUUAUAAAGACCCAGAUGGGAGGAAAGGAGGGUGUUCUUGAGAUGAGAGAAGUUACAGCUAGGUUCACGACGGAUGUAAUUGGAACGGUAGCUUUUGGUCUACAAUUCGAAUCUAUGUCAGGUGAUUCUGUGUUUCGCCAAAUGGGAAAGAGAGCGCUGCAGCCUACAGUGGCCGGUGCCCUAGCCAAGGCAAUGAGGUGCUUCACUCCAAAACUGUUCGAUCUUCUGAAGAUGAGGACCUUCCCGGAGGAAAUCAACUCCUUCUUCACGAACGUCGUCAGCGAAACGAUGAAGCAGAGGACAGAAGCGAAUUAUGGCCGGAACGAUUUCCUUCAGCUUAUGAUGCAGCUAAGAGACGCCUCUGGAGCAGAUAUAGCUAAGAAUGAUAUAGAACUAAAUGACCAAGUUAUAGCAGCUCAGGCAUUCGUUUUCUUCCUGGCUGGGUUCGAGACCUCUUCCACUACUCUCAGCUAUUGUCUUUAUGAGCUAGCUAAGAACCGCCAGUGUCAAGAAGCAGUCUUCAAUGAAAUCCAGGAGGUUAUGAAGAAACAUGGAGAACUGUCGUACGAAGCUGUGUCUGACAUGAUUUACCUUGAGCAGGUUUUGUUAGAGACAAUGAGAAUGUACCCACCAGUUGGCAACCUUUGUCGAGUCUGCACGAAACCUUACCGCAUACCCGGUACCGAUAUCCAACUGGACGAGGGAGUCAGCUUGGUCAUCCCUGUUUUCGCCCUCCAUCAUGAUCCGGAGCUGUACCCUGAUCCAGAGAGCUUUAUUCCCGAAAGGUUCACCGAUAAGGAGCUCCAGAAAGCACCUUAUUACCUCCCGUUUGGAGGAGGUCCAAGAAUCUGCAUAGGACAAAGAUUUGCAAUGAUUGAAAUGAAACUUGCUCUUUUACGGCUUCUGGAGAAUUACACUUUCUCUCUUUCUUCGAAAACUCCACCCGAACUUCCCGUCGAACCCAAGAGUUUUAUAAUGGCUCCAAUUGGGGGUAUAUGGCUGAAUCUCAACGCUAGGAGUUGACGCACCAUACGACCCCGCGAUUAGAACACUCAUUGAUAGCUCAUAGAAUUUAACGAAAUAAUUUAAUUUCUAUUGAGAAAACAUCAGAGAGACCUGUGAUAUAAAAGUGAGGAAUGUGCCCUAAAUGGCAGAAGUAAUGAUGGGAUAUUUUUCGGCUCUGAAGAAGAUAAGCUUCAAAAUGGAUUUGAUGAAUGGGUUUCUUUAUGAUAUGGAUUACUGAAAAAAAAAGUCGGCUAAAUAAUAAUAUAUAAG